AUGACAUUGAUAGCUCGUGUCACUGACGGGUUACCUCUAGCAGAGGGGCUCGAUGAUGGACGUGACUUACCAGAUUCUGACAUGUAUAAGCAACAGGUCAAGGCUCUGUUUAAGAAUCUCUCCCAAGGUCAUAAUGAAGCUUCGAGAAUGUCGGUCGAAACAGGCCCCUACCUUUUCCAUUACAUCAUAGAAGCACGUGUCUGCUACUUGACAAUGUGCGACCGCUCAUACCCAAAGAAACUUGCUUUUCAAUACCUGGAAGAUCUCAAGAAUGAAUUUGAACGUGUCAACGGGCCUCAGAUUGAAACAGCUGCUCGACCUUAUGCCUUCAUUAAAUUCGAUACCUUUAUUCAGAAAACCAAGAAGCUGUACCAAGACACUCGUACACAACGAAAUAUCGCCAAGUUGAAUGAUGAACUCUAUGAGGUUCAUCAAAUCAUGACCCGGAAUGUGCAGGAAGUCUUAGGUGUUGGUGAAAAGCUAGAGCAGGUGAGCGAGAUGUCGAGCCGGCUAACAUCUGAAUCUCGUAUAUAUGCUGAUAAGGCUAAAGAUUUGAACCGUCAGGCUUUGAUUCGGAAAUGGGCACCAGUGGCGAUUGUGUUCGGGGUUGUUUUCCUACUUUUCUGGGUCAAGACCAAGCUUUGGUAA